UCGAAGCAAUCGGCCGAGGACGAUCAACCGAAACGACCGCUCAAUUCCUUCAUGCUGUAUCGCAAGGAUAAGUGGCCCACAGUACCAAAUAAGAACCAUCAGUCCAUCUCGCGCAUCAUUGGUGAGAUGUGGCGCAACGAGUCCAGGGAGACCAAGGAGCGAUAUGAUAGUCUUGCGAAGCAAGCCAAGGCCAACCAUCAGGCUCUGUAUCCUGGUUACAAAUUCCACCCAAAGAAGAAG